AUGUAUCGGGGCGCCCCUGCUGAUAUAGAGUGGCUUCAAUAUUCGACAAUAUUAGAUUCAGCAGUCUUAGACGAUGAUUUUGAAUUAUAUGGAUCCGCAUCAUCGUUCAAUGAUGCACUACAAGAACAACAAUCGCAAGAUCAAUUAGAAACAAGAGGCAUUUCAGAUCAUCCCAAGAUUGAUGGUAUGUAUUAUGCGCUGAAAAGUAUUGGUGUUCCCUACGUUCAACGAAUACGCAAUGGUCAAUGUCUCAUCGAUUACGAUGAUCGUCUAUUGUCUGAAGGCGAAAGUGUGCAAAUUAAAGGAAAAUUAUACAAAAAUGAAGAUUGUUUGUUAGAACGUGCAUAUCACGCCUGCGGUCCCAAUAUCUUACAAAUGGUAAAAAUUGUUUGUCGCAUUGUUGAUCAAUACUUGUCAAAAAUAACAAAGUCAAUCGUUACACGUCGUUCAGCCGCAUCACCAAAAAUAAUCUCAGAAUCUUGCUGCCGAAGUGUUUGUACAAUUUCGGAAUUAACACGCUACUGUCCACAAUAA